AUGUUCAGUGCCAUUCGAGGAUGGGGCUCUGGUAGUAAGAGGACUUUGGUUCAGCGAUACACAGAUGAAUUAUCUCAGAUUACCGCUCAGAUACAUGAGCUGGAUCGCAAGUUGAAGAAAAGACAAGUGACUAUGGAUAACUUGCAAUCGCACCUAACAUACUAUGGAAGUGGGAUAACAGCGUCUGUAUUUGCUUAUUUGUACUGGAAGUGCGAGGGAAGUUGGCUGAUGCCCUCAAUGGGCGUUAUUGGCUGUAUUGUGCUUCUGACAGUGAUAAAAUAUGGUGCUUACAGGGUGGAUCAGUGGGUUAGAGACCGUCAGUCAAUCAAACUCGGGAAAUUGAGGGCUCUACAUCAAAAGAAGCUGGAGAGACUGAAGGAAGAGACCAAUUACCAUGCCACAAAUUCGAUUAUUCAGCGGUUUUCACAAGGUGAAGAUCAAUCAGAGGAUGCUAUGGUGCUAAUGGAUGAAGAGUUAAAAAACAAGUACAAGGAGCUGCAUAAUUUAAAGGACGAAUUGGCCCAUUUCAGGCAGGACGAUCGGUUGAAGGACAAGCAUGAGAGAGAUAAGUGGUUUGACAAAGUGAUAAAUGCAGUAGCGGGAGGUGAUACAGUCAAUGGAAUGUUCUUACCAGUCGUGUGCCCAAAAUGCAAAGGUCAAACGGGGCUGUACCACUUGGGGAACCGAUCAUUUAAAUACGUAUGUCCACUCUGUGGUUGGACCAUCGACAACACCCAACAGGAAUCGAAACAGCAUGAAGAUACCAAGAAAGAGGAUUCAUCGAUGUAG